UUGGUGAUAUUUAGCGCCCUCUGAUUAUCCCGCACAUUUGAUGGUGUUACAUAGCCUUCCCGGUUUGGUGCCUUCUUUUGAUAAUUACUUAUAUUCAUGUUGAAUUAGACAUGGUACCUAGCUGUGCCAGUCUCUCUUACCCUCCCCUUUCCCUCCUCCUAUCUCCAUUCCUCCUUUCUUUCAUCUUGUCUCCUCUCCUUCAUCUCCUUGUCUCUUCUCCUUCAUCACUCUGCCUCUUCCCACCCUCUACCUCUUCCCACCCUCUACCUCUUCCCACCCUCUCAAAAAUAUUAAGAACACCUGAAAACAUUAAAAAUCAAAUCACUGAUAUCAGUCAUCAUGAAAAUCAAGAGGGUCAUGACGAGCUAAUGUUUCUUAAAUGGUGGCAGUGGGGCCUACCCUGACUGGCCUAUGACACUCUCAUACCACCCAUGUGUCUUCUUGAAAAGUUUAGUGAGGCUAGUAGUCCUCAAGUGUCGUGCUUCCAACCUUGGACACUGAUAUUCUCUCAUGGUUACAUGUAUUGAUAAACGGAUUUAAUGUACAAAAUGAUAUGUUGUAGCCCCCGCAAAAUAAUACAUUUUACACUAUUAGGCAUAAAGAUCAUAACAAAGACUAACCAUAAACCUAACCUUCUUAGGCCUAAAUAAACAAUUGUAGGCUUUGUUUAGUGCCUAUAUAUUGAAUUGGCCUAAUGCACUGUUAUCAGUUAUGUUGUAUCAAAUGGCAUGAUAUACUGUACUUUGAGAUCUUAAUGACUUCGUUCAUUCGCGAAUAUUGGAAGAUAUUCCCUUAUACUUUACAGAAAGUUUGGUAAUGCAGGGCUAGUGUACUAGACUUGUAGUUACACUUAUGACUGAUCAUCCUGCGAUAUAUUUGAUGAAUUGAUAGCUAUUCCUUGAUUCAUGCUGUGUAAUCAUUAAUAUGAAAUGUGUGUUGCCUAACCUUGUAUGUAAAAGAGUUGCCACUCGCCAACAAGCCUGCCGCCGCAGAAGGCACAUACGUUGACCUUUUAACAGUAAUUUGUGUCCAUCCACACCGUGUUACAGUAGUGGUUUACCAGGCAAAAACAUUUGCAUUACGUAGGACUGGGUUAACGUGGUAAGGAUAUGAAUUAUUAGAGGAAGUAGCGUAGCGUGGCAUCAGAGAGAGGAAGAGAGGAAUGUACCGUGCUGCUUCACAUCAGUUACUCGCCCCACUCGGAGGCGGAGGUUGGAGUGUGUACCAAUACCAACCCCGAGCCUUUUGUUCGUGUUUCAGCAGGAUCUCCAUUGAUUUACAAACAUGUGUCAACAGAUGUCACAAAGGAUGCAAGUCAUCUCUAACACACUACCCUGUAUAUCAAACAGUGUCAAUCACCAUGAUCUUCCUAUAGAAGCCACCAGCUUGUUCCUUAGGAUGAGAAGCCACAGGACCUCUACCCCCAGAACUUCAAGCAAAAUGGAGUGGGCUCCUGGUAUAAAUAGAGGUGUUGUCUUGGAAGAUAUUAACAGUAGCUGGAGUCCCCCGGCCAUGGUCACACCUCAUCAUGUGCAGGAGGAAGAGUUGACAGAUUUGUCCAUGGUCGAUCUGGGUAACCUUCAAACUGAUGCCUGCCUCUAUGUUCUCCCUGAGCUGGUAUGGUACUUUUUCUUUUUUGUUUUCUGGGAGGGGCCCCCUUGGUGGCUCCUAGGGCUACCCAUCUCGUAAGCUCCAAACCUAGGUUAUCACUUAAGGUUCUAAGAUUCACAAGUACAUAAUGGAAACCAAUUCCAAAGAUCUGGCUCCCUUAGUAGAGGCUAGGUAAGUCUGAGGGUACUAAACCACCAAAAUAAUCCAAAAGAAACUUCACCAAAAAAGGUAGGGUGCAACAAAACAAGCAAAUGCAUUUACAAUACAGUACAGUAUUGGCAUUCCUGACACAAACGUGCACUUGCUUAUUAGCGGCAAGUGACUGCUAGUUAGCAUUGCUUGUUUACUACUAGAUGGCAGCCCUGUCCAUUGAAGAGUACUGACCAGUCAGCUUCUUCAUUCACAUGCCUGGUACGCCCUGUUGCCCACCACUUUUCGGGCUCAGUCCUCAGCUUAGUGUUGGCCUUCCUCUGGGCUCUAUUCUACUGCAAGGGACCAUGUUUAUGCUUGCUCCUUUUUCAGGCUUCAUGUAUGUGUAUUUUAGCCUUCCUGUUGUGUGUGCCUCAAUUCUCAUUAUGCCUUGACUGCAUGUCUCUAAUUGCCACUGGUGUUGCCCCUUCCUUUGGCAUGGAUUACCUUUACUGAGAAAAUUCGAGAGUCUGCGCUUGGUGAUUUGCCUUCUCGAGGGUCCCCACUCUGGGUAGUGCAUGUGCUUUGGCUCCUCUGCAGUGCCUGUUGGGUGGUAAUUAACUAAUUUUGGAGAUCCGCUGUGUGCAAGUGUUCCAGCCAGACAAACCCAGUGGUGUACUCUCACACCUAAACCGUACUGAAGGCAGGGGCAACACCAGCUGAAAAUAAAGAAGAGAACUCUAACUAUAUGCAGUCAAGCCAAAAUGAGAAUAGGAACAUGCAGAGCAAGAAGAGAAAAUAUACAUAUGUGAAGCCUGAAAAAGGAGCAAACACAAAUACAGGCCCUUGCUGUAUAAUAGAGUCCAGAGGAAGGUCAACACUAAGCUGAGGACUGAGCCUGGUAUGCCCCCGUUUGCAACUGGGCAUACCAGGCAUGUGAAUGAGGGAGCCAACUGGUUGGUACCCUCAGAUGGACGGGGCUGCCAUCUGGUAUUGAGCAAGCGAUGCAAACUAAUUGCUGCUUGCUGCCAAGAGCCGCGUGCAUAUCUGUGUCAGGUUUGUCAAUGUUGUCCCUGCAGUUGCUGGCUUUGUUGUGCACUACCAUUGUGGUGUAGUGCUUUCCUAUCAGUGACUAUGGAGGGAGUGAGAUCUAGUUCUUUAUGCCCCCGACUCCAAGCCAUUUAUACCUGGUAUGCUAAUUAUCAAAAUUACAUCUCAACAUUACUUCCAUCAUUUAUAUUUAAAGUUGUGGAUGAAAUUGGCUUCAACAACCAUUUCCUUCAAUGCAUGCCACUUGCCCUGGAUUUGGAGCUUUUGGAGCAACUCACUCGAGGAGCUGCUGAGGGACCCCCCAGAACGAGGCGUUUCAUUAAAUUGAAUCUUGGAUUUUCUUUGGAUUUCUAAAGAAAGUCUGUUCUAUUGAAUAUUCUCAAGACAUUUAUAUUGAAGAAUUUGUCUAUUGUUUUAUUUAUAUCAUUCAAUAUUUUUCAUACCUCAGUCAAGUCAAAAUACUUAAAAAAUCAAGGUCAUGAUUCUAUUUGAUUUGAUUUUGAUUUGAUUCUUCCUGAUUUACCAGGAAGUACUUCUUUAUUUCUUCUAGUUUGUCAUUGUGACCUUUCAAACUUUAUAUAUGUUUAGCUUUUCUAUAUAAUCUCUCUAACCUUACAAUUUAGUUUAUUUUGGUGUAUAACAACUAAUAUAGUUUGAGUUAUAGAUUAGACAAACCUAGGAUGCUCUACCACUAGUUUAAUUUGAAUAUAAAAGUGAUAUAAUGUAAUUCUUUCAAAAAGGGGGGUUGAAACCUGGGAUAUCAAAGACACAAGCAGUAGUACAUUAUAAACUUGCAUCUCAUAUGAAAUAUUACUGGAACAUCAAAUUGGUGGCCCAAACUGGCUAACCUGUUAUCAGGUAUGAGAGUGUAGAAUUUUUUCCUGGAAAAAAUCAAACAAAAAUUUACUGCUAUUCAGAUGUCAGGAUUGACCUUUCAAGAGAUAUAAGGCUUGAUGAUACACUGUAUUAUUAAAUACUCCUUUGAGGUAGGGGCAAAUUGGAAAUUUUAAAACAGCUCUGGAAAAUUUUCAGUAUAAGGUGAUGCAUGUUAGUCUUCUGACAGUACAGUAGUCAACAAAAGUAUGGGCCGCCCUGCUCUAGGCGGUGCGUAUUUAUGGCAUAAAAAGAAUGAUGGGCGUGUGAGUGAAAUAUGAGAGAUGGAGGCUAGUGCCAGGUAUAUGACAUCAGGGGGUUUCCCAGCUUCCUGGAGGCACACAGCUGGUAGGCUCAGUUGGCCCCGGGCAUUCAUUGGGAACGAUUGUGUUGCACGUGCUACUCUGGCACCUCACCGUCUCUUAUCGCAGUUAACAUUGGUGCUGGUGGUAUUACAUUGUUGUUAUGGCACCCACCAAGCAAAGAAAUCACUGCUCAGAUCAUUGCUUCAAAAGGUAUGUCAAUAAGACUCCAGUCUGGUGGGGAUGACAACACCAGCCAUCAAAGGAAGAGGUUAAAUGAACUUCCAGCCUAAAUUAGGACAAUAAAACUUCAGACUGCUGGGAAUGGAAACCCCAGCCACCAGGCCUACAGUGUCAAGGAAGCAGGCCACCAAAUUCAGGCCUGGCAAUUAAUUGUUGAGUGUAGCCUGGUCAACACGAGGAAGUAUUGAUCACGUUUCCAAGAGAAAAGCAGUGAUGACACUCUGGAGCGAUGAAAAUAUAUAGAAAUAUUUCCAAAUUUUGGUGGAAGGAUCAACAAACAUUUUCUACAGGACUCAAGCAAUGAUACAGGAAGGAAAGAGAGAGAGACUUCAUACAGUACUGCACAUGCCGUCUGAGGUCCCUGAAGCUGUCAUGGGCAAACACUCUCCCUCCGCCAGCUUUAACAUUCUGAUGGUCGAUGUCUCGGCUUCCAUGAGCACUUACUGGAAAGAUGUGGUGCAGGGCUGGAACAAACACGUAGCACCCACGCUGACUGGCCGUACCAUGCUGUAUGCGUUCGGUAACAGGGUUCUCUUCUUAAGGUGCGGGACAGAAUUGAAACAAGAAGACUUCAUCAGUGGAGGUACAGAUUUGGUUGGUGCAUUGCGGACUAUCAUCAGUGAAGUGUACCAAUGCAGGGAAAAGUACAUUAAGGUGUUUCUCAUCACGGAUGGUGACCACACUGUGUCUAAAGUGAAGCCAGAGAGUGUGAUAGAGAAAAUGAAAUGUGCAAUGGGCAAGAUAUGUGAUGUUUUUGUUCUAGGUGUUGGGAAUGAUUUCCCUGUCCAACACAGUAUUGACAUUCGUUCUCGUCUUCAUAAUGGAAACUCCAACUUGCCCUAUCUCUUCACAGCUGAAUCCUCCAAGGACAUAAUGGAACAGAUGCAUGCUAUUGGCAGAGGAAGUUGCAGCAGUAAUGCCGCUAAAAUUAAGUUGUCUGUGAGAGGGUCAGCUCUACCAGGGGGAGACAUAACAGACACUUUUCACCUAGGAGAAUGGGUAUACUUCCCCUGUGAGCCAGAACAGGUGCAGCAACUAACUCUCACAUGUGGCAGAAGAACAUUCAGCAUCACCUUGCAACCACGUCCCAUACCAAUAUUGGACUUAAAUGAAAUGUUCCGUCAGUGGAACUCGCUCAUAAUCCAACGGCACAGGAAAGGGGAAGCUGUUUCACAAGAUAUCAUGGCUUUAAAGGAGAGGCUCUUCAGUACCUGGAUGAUAAAAUUGAAGAAUCGUGGCACACUAACUGUCCUUGACCGUCUUGCUCAGAAGGAAAUGAAAACCCAUGAAGCUAAUUUCAGAGCUAACAUCAAUAAGAUGAAAGCUAUCUUAACAACAAAGAAUUUUCAGAACGAUCAGGAGCUGGCUGAUCAAGUUCUCUACACGACUGUUGGUGGAAGCAAAUAUGAGACCAAAGUAUUUCAAAUGAAAGGACACACAAACAGUGAUUUUGAGAAGGUUCGGGAGGAAUUCAUGAAGGUCUAUGAAGCACACAAAGCAAACAUUCAAACAAUUGAGACUACACCAGAAGACUGCUGUCGUAUCACCCUCACUUCCACUGUGUCGGAUUUGCAGGAUUCAAACUUCGCCGAGCUGCUCCAGUUAGGCAAAUUUGAAUUCCUAAAGCAGUUUACUAUCACGGGAAUCCCAGUGUUUUCCCCAAUCAGGGACUCUAUGAUCAUCAACCCUUGGUCCUACUCAGUCAGGGCAAUGCUCACCUCCCCCUACACCAUCCUUAGUCAGGUGGCGCUUGAGUCCUUUGCUGAAGUCAAGCCAGCUGGUGAGCAACAUAAAGAUGUCAAGGUCAAAUGGGAUGAAGCUAAUACCCGUUUCAAUGCUAUAGUUCCAGUUUUCCCGCCAUGUGCAGCUAAGAUCAUGGAGCCAAUUGUUCACACCCGCCUGUAUGCCAUGUGUGCAACCUUUGCUAUCCUAAAGAAUCCUCAUAUUAUUGACUUCAACGUACACAUGGCUGCCUUGGCUAUCACCUGGAUGCGGAUCUUGUAUGAGUACCCCACCCAGCCUAGACCAGAGUUUGUGCGUUCACGCAUUGAGUGUAUAGAGGCCACUGCUGCCCUCUACAUCAAGCAGUCAAGCUAUGCCACGUACUGGAAGAUGCUCCAGAGAAAUACAGCCCAAGCACUGAUGACUGAGAGCAUAGAGAAGGUUGACAACAAGACAGUUAAAUGUGAAUCACUCAUAAAGCCAAUGUUCAUACUGCAUAUGAACCAGCAAGGUGAAGACAGACAGGACUCUGAUGUGGUGGCCAGGAUGGUGAGGAUGAUCCUUGUGGAAUAUAUCGGUCGAUGUCUUGAGAGAUACAAAGCCAAGGAUAAGGCAGCAAUGCCCUUCACAGACUUCUUCGUUGAAACACUUGUUGAGCAUAAUAAGAAGGGAAAAUGGGUUCGUACAUAUGUAGAAAACAUCAAAGCAAAUUUGACUGUAAGUUUAGACACAAUCCUGAAGAAGUUUUACACAUUAGAGGAGGUUACAAAAGCAGCCAGACAGAUUGCAAGAGAGCAAUUACAAGUCAUGAAAGAGAAGUUCACAGCAGAUUUACCCAUCAAGGUGAACAUGGGUAAAGUUGCUCAUCUUCACAAUGUGUCUGGUGCAGGUGAUGUGUCUUGGCACACACUAAAGGUCUUUGCCAGAGAAGCAAACCUGACAGAGAACAUCAUCAGUGACUUGUUUAGUGAAAAGAGCGUGUUUAUGUAUGUGGCCCAUGCGCUUAAAUACAGGACCUCACGAACCCGACUGACUGCCCCUCUUGAUGACUUUGAUGUCAGUUUGGCCACAGUGACCAAACGUAUCCAAAAUGAGAGCUUCAGUUAUUUUGCUAAAGGUCUGAAUGUUGAGAUCCAACAACAUGUAGAGAAUGCUUGGCUGGAAACAUAUUUAGCUGCCCACAGAGAGGUGGUGCACCCCAUGACACCACAGGAGAUAGUGAUGCAGGCAAGACAGAGAGGCAUAGAGGUGACAGAUACCACGUUUUACCAGGUGUACCAGAAAUACCGUCCAGAUGUUGGCUUGUUAGGGAAUGCAUGCCAAUCCCAAUCUUGCCCUUUCUACCUAAUACCCAACAAGAGAUACAAUCAACAUGCUUCAGUAGAACGCCAAGGUACCCCAAAUUUUCCCCACUCCCUGCAUCGCAUUGCUUACAUUGACAGGAACAAGGACCUAGCCACAGCUAUUGAUCAUUUUAGCUCAGGAAUCUGCACCAAGACCCAGAUGCCACUACACCCCAGAGUAAUCACCAAAUUUAGCAACGACCUAAAGCGUCUGCAGGACGAUUAUAAGAUGAACUUACCUGGUUCCUAAGCAGCAGCUGGUCAAUUUCUGGAUUGCUGCGUGUUUGGUUACUUCUGAAAAAAGUAAUCAUGAUGUAAUAGCUGAAAUAGAUCAAAGUCAGCUGACACCACCUGAGGAAAGACCAUAAGUAGGUGGGAAAACACUGCUAAUAGGUAUCUGGCAGAAACAGGAGAAUAUCAAGAGCAGUGAUAAAAUCUGAAGAGAAAACUUUCAAGGUGAAGUACAAACUGGAAAAGACCAUAUUUUCCACUGAGAAGAUGACACAAGAGACCAGCUUUCUCUCCUUCACCCUGCAGCUGGGAAGGUGUGAGCAAUGCUAAAAAAAAAUUGACAAAAGCUAUAUUAAAAAUAAAUUAGUAUCAUAGUAGCAAGAACCAACUAAAGGUGACAUAUUGCACCCCAUUCUGAAACUGCAAAGAUAAUGAAAGUGCAUGAUUCAAAAACUGAUUUGAAGGGUGAGAGUCAUAUGCCCAUCACCCACCCCUUCAUCCUGUACCAAAUGUUUUAAACAUUGAGGAUUUUAAAAUACAGUAUUUAUAUUUGUAAUCUUUCUUUUUCUGGGGAGAGCCCCGUCAGCUCCCCGGAGCUAUCUAGGGUGAUAUGAAUGUAUUAGACUGUGGCAUCAGUCAAAGCGAAUUGAGUUCUUGGGCUUGCCAAGGACCACGAGCCAGAACCUGGCCCCCAACUCUGAGAGGCACAAGGAGCAAUGGUCUAUAGAAACCGCCGUGUGGUUGGAAGCAUUCUAUGUCUGACAUCGACUGGGUCAGGCACCCAGAAAGGUACGCGCCCCAAAACUAACCCUAUCUGGUUAAAAUUGCUACUGAAAGCUGAACUGUUCGAAGAACUCGCCAAACUAAAAACAAGCAAUGAGCAUGACGUUACAACCGUCACUGCGCCGCUGUCUGCGCAACUUCCCCCUCCCCGGGAUGGGGAAGGGGGAGCUUCAGACCCCCGUGCCAGCUAUCCACCCCCAGUUCAGAGACUGGAUGUCAACAUCGCACAAACCGCUGACCGGAGGGAGGGAAGGUUGCCGGGGAGCCUCCGGGUCUCACCCAGAAAACCUGAGUUGAAUGUAAUGAAACACCAUUUACUGGGUGAGACCUGGAGGCUCCCAGGCAACCCUCCCUCCCUCCAGUCAGCAGUGCCUGACCUGGUCAGGGUGCCUGUCGAUGGCAGAGUCACUUUCUGGGUGCCUGCUCCUCAUGCUUCUCUGAGGGGGUCUGGCUCUUGGUCCUUGGUAGGCCUAAGAACUCCUUAGGAAGCAUUCUAUCCAGUUCAAAGGCUGGAUGUCAAAACCCCGAAAACUGCUGACCAGAGGGAGGGAGGGUUUCCAGGAAGCGUCCGGGUCUCACCCAGAAAACCUGAGUUGAAUGUAAUGAAACACCAUUUACUGGGUGAGACCCGGAGGCUCCCAGGCAACCCUCCCUCCCUCCGGUCAGCAGUGCCUGACCUGGUCAGGGUGCCUGUCUAUGGCAGGGUCACUUUCUGGGUGCCUGCUCCUCGUGCUUCUCUGAGGGGGUCUGGGUCUGGCUCGUGGUCCUUGGUAGGCCUAAGAACUCCUUAGGAAACAUUCUAUCCAGUUCAAAGGCUGGAUGUCAAAACCCUGAAAACUGCUGACCAGAGGGAGGGAGGGUUUCCAGGAAGCAUCCGGGUCUCACCCAGAAAACCUGAGUUGAAUGUAAUGAAACACCAUUUACUGGGUGAGACCCGGAGGCUCCCAGGCAACCCUCCCUCCCUCCAGUCAGCAGUGCCUGACCUGAUCAGGGUGCCUGUCGAUGGCAGGGUCACUUUCUGGGUGCCUGCUCCUCGUGCUUCUCUGAGGGGGUCUGGCUCUUGGUCCUUGGUAGGCCUAAGAACUCCUUAGGAAGCAUUCUAUCCAGUUCAAAGGCUGGAUGUCAAAACCCCGAAAACUGCUGACCAGAGGGAGGGAGGGUUUCCAGGAAGCGUCCGGGUCUCACCCAGAAAACCUGAGUUGAAUGUAAUGAAACACCAUUUACUGGGUGAGACCCGGAGGCUCCCAGGCAACCCUCCCUCCCUCCGGUCAACAGUUUUGACAUCCAGCCUCAGAACUGGGGGUGGAUAGCUGGCGCAGGGUUCAGGAUCUUCCCAAUCCCCCCCUCCUGAGUAGGGGGGAGUUGCAUAGACAGCGGCGCGGCAACUGUUGUGACAUGCUCAUUUGCUCGUUUUAAGUUUGUCCAACAGUUCGGCUUUCAGUAGCAAUUUUUAACGAAGUUGGAUUUAUUUUGGGGCGCCUACCUUUAUGGGUGCCUGGCCCGGUUGAUGGCAAACAUAAAAUGCUUUCAACCAUACAGGGGCUUCUAUAAGCCAUUGCUAUUCGUGCCUGUCUGAGGGACCAGGUUCUGGCUCAUGGUCUCCGGUAGGCCUAAGAACUCCAUUUGCUUUGACUGAUGCCAGGGUCUAAUACAUUCAUAUCAGCCCGGAUAGCCCUGGAGAGCCUCCGGGUCUCGCCCAGAAAAUGGCGUUUCGUUGCAUUCAACGCUGGUUUUUUAGAACAUGAAAGAUUACAAACAUGAAUAGUUGCAUUUUGGGAGGGCCCCAUCAAUAGCGCCCGAAACUAUAACUUUGAUAACAUCAAAGCCUUGUGUACCACACCAGGCCUUUAGUGAACCCCAUUCACCUACCAGCAAUCGGUACCAGAAUCUGGUCCCCUCAAAGCAGUAAAGGGAAGCCUGGGAAUCCAAGAUCACCUGCAGUAACAAGAGAAAUAAUUGCCAGAAAAAAAAGAGAGCACCAGAAUAAGCAACUGCAUGGAAGCAUUUGUGACCCCAACACUGACAAGGUAAACACUUGUUACUGGACUGAGAACACUGUAGAGGCUCCCAUCUGGUGGCGAGUUGGUGUAGCUAAGCAGUGUUCUCAGUCCAGUAACGAGUGUUUAUAUUGUCAGUGUUGGGGUUAUAAAUGCGUCCAAGAAGUUGCAUAUUUUAGUGCUCUAUUUAGUUCUGGCAAUUGUUUCUCUUGUUAUUGCAGUGAUUCUGGAUCCCCAGGCUUCCCUAUACUUGUUAGAGGGGACCAGGUUUGGGACAGGUUUCUGGUAGGUGAACGGGCUUCACUAGAAACCUAGUGUAAGUAGCUUCUAUUACCUAAAGAGGCCUCUUUAGAUAAUAGGCUUCACUGGAAGCCUAUUAUGUAAAAAGGUCACCAAAACCACGACUUAUAUCGGUGAACAAAUUUAAUAAGCAAAUUUCUUGUCGUAGAAGAAUAUUUAAGCUUAUGUUGUGUGUUACACUGCAGAAUUGGCCUAGUCAUGAUUUACCAAAUGGCAUACCUGAUACUUAAAGUAAGGCCAACUUAGAACUGGCACACCAAUGAGCAUCUAAUACCUAAUGAUGUUGUUGUAGGAAGUGUCUGUAUAUUACAUGUAUAGUGAUAGUUUUGUGUGUAAGUUAUGUUCUAUAAUAGUACAAAUAUUCAAAACUUAUAUUGUACCUCAGUAACCAAUUGUGGUUUAUACCAUCUUGGGCAGAUAAGCAAUGCUAUUCUGCCCUUGAUACAUUUUUCCUGUUUUCAAAUACUUCUGUCAAUAUUAAUUCAUGCUUAAUAAUAUUAACAUAGAAAUUCAUGUUAUUAAAAUGAUAACUUAGGCCUAGAUUUAUCUAUGUUAUGCAAUAUUGAGAAAUAAUUAGGAUAUUUAUACUGUAUUAGGUCAGGUUUUUUAGUUUUGGCACAAAUGUAGAAAGCUCUUGAUCAUGUAUAUUAUAAUGAAAAAAUUAUAGUACAUUGUAAUUAGCAGUUCCCAUGGCGAAGUGGUAACACUCUCGCCUGGCAUUUCGCGAGCGCUUUCGCCUGGGUUCCUAUCCUGGCCGGGGAUAUUUACUGGGCGCCAAUCCUUAACUGUAGCCUCUGUUCACCCAAUAGUGAAUGGUACCUGGUCAUUAAACAAUUUGGCGGGUCAUAUUCCAGGGAAAAUUAGGAUUAAUGACUUGCCCGAAAUGCUAUGCGUGCUAGUGGCUGUACAAGAAUGUAAGAACUCUUGUAUAUAUAAAUAAAAAAAAUAGUAAAACGUGUCAUGAAGCAAAUCUUACAUUCAUCAUUCUGGGCAUGAACUCAGCUGUGUCUUGAUCCCUUUGUCCAUUCCUCAGCUCCAGAUGCCACUAAAAGACGUACUCUGGGUGUGGACUUGCAACAUUGCAGCUGUGGGUUUAACCCCAGAUGUCAUUAUUACAAGGUCCACUAUGUGUGCAAAUUGACUCGUGAGAUUUGUUUCAAGGCCAUUGGUUCAUUACUGUACAACAAUAUCCACAGAUACCAUUGUUACAUGGACCAUUCCUGGCAUAAAUUCAAAGCCAUGGGUUUGUCACCGACCCCUUUGUAGGGUCACUAAUAGGGAAUCAGCCAUGGCCUGUGAGUGCUGUAGUGUACAGAGAGUUAGGUUAUCCAUAUAAUUUGUUUCCAUUGCUAAGGAAAUUUCAUCCAAGGGGGUCAAAGAGCCAACAGUUUUCCCAAGGAUAUGGGUUCAAGAUUCAGCAAAACAGAGACCCCAAGGCCCAAGUUUUUUCCUAUAUAUAGGAGUCAAACUGUGAUGGUGAACAUAACCUGAUGUUAUGAAGAUUAUUGUAAUUAUAUAGAUUCAAUUUCGUGUGAGGCAGGUCCUUUGCACGAGUUUAUAUAUUUUUGUAUGCAAAAAUAACAAUUUAUUGAUGUAAUGAAGCUACAUACCCUAAAUAAAUAUACAUUUACUAGAUUUUUAAAAUUUUCAA